CUGCCCAAACUGCAUUUAAGGCGAAUCCCAUGAAGCGCGCAUCCGUUAGAAAUUUGCAUGGGGCGUACCCGCCAGUGGAAUGCGCGCACCCGCUGUCCAUCUCGUAACUGCUGUCCAGCCUAAUUGGAGGACACUGCUGAGUAAAUGGGAAUACCGGGAGCGCGUCUUUGAGCUGCAGUUGGAAAGUGGAGCAGAGUGCGCACUCCUUUUCCUCAGGAGCAAAACUGCGUUGCUUUCUCACUCAUAACAAGUUGAUGUUUAGGCGCAGCUGAAUGUUCUCGUUUAUGGCAGGUCGGAUUCUUUAUCACAUAUUUUAAUUUAACGAUCCUGCUUUUCCAGUUGAUGCGGAGGAUAAAAGCAGAGUUUCUGCACAUGUAGCGCAGAAAGACGGAUUCUCCAGAGGCUUCCGUAAGAGUAACAGCCAUGUAUGCAGGACGCAAGAGGAGAAAACCCGUUCAGCGAGUGGUGAAGCAACCACCAACUGCGGGAUCCAAGUCCAAUCCAUCUAAACGACAUAGAGACAGGCUAAACGGGGAGCUGGAGCGGCUGGCCAGUCUGCUGCCGUUUCCUGAAGAGGUCACCGCCAGUCUGGAUAAAUUGUCCAUCCUCCGCCUAAGUGUCAGCUACCUACGAGCCAAGAGUUUCUUCUCUGUUGCCCUCAACAAUCGAAAUGGAGGGAAGGAUGGUCACAAUAAAACAGGAGGAACAAAUACCAAGAUGCCCGAGGGUGAGCUUCUGCUGCAGGCUCUCAAUGGAUUCAUCCUGGUUAUCACUGCCAGUGGGACCAUCUUCUACUCCUCUCACACCAUUCAGGACUAUCUGGGCUUCCAUCAGACUGAUGUCAUGCACCAGAGUGUGUAUGAACUGGUCCACACGGAGGACCAGCAGGAGCUCAGAAGAAACCUGGACUGGGCUUUGAAUCUUCCUGAUCCAACAUCCCCCAAAGAGAUGGAAUUUGACAGUAGCUCAUCUGUGGUCUGCUACAACCCAGAGCAACUGCCCCCGGAGAACUCGUCCUUCCUAGAGAGAAGCUUUGUGUGUCGCUUUCGCUGCCUCUUGGACAACUCUUCUGGUUUCCUGGCUUUGAAUAUCCAGGGAAGGCUCAAGUUCUUGCAUGGGCAGAACCAGUGGCAAGAAAAUGGAGGGAAAGCUGCGCCGCUGCUUGCAUUAUUCGCUAUUGCAACUCCUCUUCAGCCUCCAUCCAUUCUAGAGAUCAGAACCAAGAACAUGAUCUUUAGAACCAAACACAAGCUGGACUUCACCCCCAUGGCCUGUGACGCAAAGGGGAAGAUAGUGCUGGGGUACACUGAGGCUGAGCUGCGGGUGAGGGGCUCUGGCUAUCAGUUCAUCCACGCCGCAGAUAUGUUGUACUGUGCAGAGAACCAUGUCCGAAAUGGAAAAUGGCUGCGUGCUAAACAGUACUUACCCAGGAGGUUGUGCCCUGCCUAACAGGAAUGGAUCUGUGCCUCCUACUAUCCAGGUACCCAGCCCUGAGACGUUGCCUACACUUCCAGACCCACCAGCCACCGGCUUCUACCUCUGACCAUCUGACCAGGGACAGUCAUGUAGCAGGACACUGUGAAUGGCCAGAAACAUCCAGUGACUGGACCAGCCUUAUACAUCUACACACCACAACAAACAAAGCUGGAGAAACGUAGGCCGACAUCUGUGUUGUCUGUUUUUGUCCUUUCAUUUUGACUUUGUAAUGUUGUGUCAGGGGAGGGGAUCACCGAGUUAUAUUUUAAGUCAUAUUAUCAUAUGAGUUCUUUGUUUACACUAAUGCAGUUAAGAGCGCUUAGCUUGUUUUAUUAAGUAAAUAUGAAUUAUUGGAGGCUGGGUUUUAGAAAUCUGCAUUCAGAUACACCGUAAAACCAAUGUGUUCUCAUCCCAGGACAUCAGAUUCUGCCGUGCUGUCUUAGUAUUGGUACUUUAAUGCACCAGCAUGGCUUCAUUAGACACUGAGAACCAAGAAAUCUGUUUUCAAGAGGAAUUUACAAGUUAGCCAGCCAGUCUGUGGUUUAUGUCCUCUUCAGGAGUCUGUGGUUUGCACUUUCAUUACACUCAGUGAUUCUUUGCCUAUUCAUUUCAUACACAUUAUUCAGACUGAAUCUACAGUUAUAUGGACCAAGAAUUUGGCCACAUCUCCUAAUCUUAGAAUUCAGGUGUUUUCAGCCCCAUUUCCAGGGGUGUAUAAAAUAAAGCACCGAGUCAUGCAGUCUGUCUUUACAACCAUUUAUGAAAGAAUGGGUCAUUAUAAGGAGACACUGAUUUUUUGCAUGGCACUGUAAAAGGAUGCUACUACUGCAGCAAGUCGGCUAGUGCAAUUUCUUCCCUCCUUCCUACAUAGAUUUUAUGAUCAAUUUUAAGGAGUUUUAUUAUUAUUAUUAAGUGGAAGCUUUUAGCAGCCGGAGCAGGUCAGCCACUAAUGUGCCGUUACAGUGCUAAGGCAUACAGUGUGUAAAAGUGUAAAGUCACUGAUUUGCUUACUCAGUAACUCCGGCAUUAAUGUAAGCACAAAAACUGUGGCAUGUGUUUCCAUGGCUCCUGUAGGUUUACUGUGUAGGUGCUCCAGUACUAGAUUAUCCAUGUAGAGUCUGUUAUGUAAAAAAGGUCUGAUCCAUCCAUCUAUCCAUCCAUUUUCUGCCCAUCUCUGCCCAGACCACCCUCCUCCAGCACCUCAAUUCAAUUUUAUUCAUACAUCCUCAAAUCACAACAAGAUUCAAGUCAGUGCACUUUAUUCUAAUCCCCAACAAUCAUAUGACCCCCUACAAGCAAGCGCUUUGGCAACAGUGGGAAGGAAAAACUCCCUUUUAACAGGAAGAAACCUCCAGCAGAACCAGGCUCAGGGAGGGGCGGGGCCAUCUGCUGAGAUCGGUUAGGGUGAGACACCAAGGUGUUUCCAAGAAAUGUAAUUUCUCCAGAGCAUCGUGGAUCUUCCCAGGGCCUCCUUCCAAUGGGACAUGCACUGAACAUCUUGAGCAUCCUGGUCAGAUGCCUUAAGAGGGCAGUGGCUCUAUUCCUGCUUUUUCCUGAAUGGCAGAGUUCCUCACUCUAUCUCCAAGGCUGAGCCUAGGCUCCCUUCAGAGAAAGCUCAUUUCUAUGUUGUAUCUGUGACCUCAUUCUUACGGACAUGAGGUCACAGAGCUUGUGAUUUAGGUGAACGUAAGGGCGUAGCUAUAAUUCAACAGCUUUGCUUUUACACUCAGCUUUCCCCUUACCAUGACAGACCAGUACAGCAUCUGCAUCACUGUAGAUGCUUCUCGAGCCUGUCAAUCCAAUCUCUUGGUCCACUCCCCCCUAAAUCAUGAACAAGACCCUAAGAUCUGUAACUGCUCUACCAGGGGUAGUAACUCGUUCCCAUCCCAGAGAGCCCUUUUCAGUCUGAGGACCAUGGUCUUGAAUUUUGAAACACCAUUUCUUAUCCCAGUUUCAUCACACGUGGUUGUGAACCACUCCGGUGUGAGUUGGAGAAUCUCAAGAUCCUGUGACCACCACACCAGACCUCUUGGCUGCACCUAGAAAUUUCGUCCAUGGAAAUUAUGGACGAAAUCGUGACAAACGACAGCAGUCCCUUUGUUCAACAGUCACAAAGAACGAGUCUGACUUAUUGCCAACAAUGGGAACUGGGCUCUGGUAAUGGUUGUACUGGUUAGGCCACAGCAAUGGGCCUGAUACAAUAUACUCCCAAAGCAUCUCCAACAGAACACACGGUUGAAUGCCUUCUUCAAGUCCCCAGAACUCAUAUAGACUGUUUGGGAACUCCCAUGCAUCCUCAAACAUCCUUGAGAAAAUAAAGCGCUGAUCCAUGAUCAGGAUGAAAACCACCUCAUGAAUCUAAGGUUCCACUAACAGGCAGACGAAGUACCCAGGCUGAGGCUGAGAAGCAUGAGCAUCCUAAAGUUGGACCACACUUUGUGGACCCAGUCCUUGAAGAUGGGAACCACCACCACCCCAGUCUUCCAGUCCAGAGGCACUGUCUCUGACUGCAACACAAUGUUGCAGAGGUGUGUCAGCUAUGACAGCACCACAACAGAGCCUGAGCCUUGACAAACUACCUCAGUGACCUUACUCCCAGUCCUCUUAUUCUACAAGAAGCCAUGUCAGUGGGAUUGAGGAGAUUCUUUGAUGUGUUAGUUCAACUGUCCUCUGUUGAGGUCAGCAUCCCCACUAUAGUCCCAUCCCCAUUAUAUACAGUGUGGAUGGAAACUGCUUUCCCCUGACAGUUUGCCAGGCCAACCGAAAGGCUUCUUCCAUGGCCUCUCUUCUCCCAUACUGAGUUUUUGCCUUGGCUACUGUCAGAGCUGCACUCUGGUUGGCCUGCUGGUACACCUGUUCCAUGUACUCAAAACCAGUUUCAGUAACCAGGGAUCAGACCCCCACAUCCUUCCUCUUCUGUCUAACCUAUGAUUGCUGUGUUGUAGAAUGCACAAUCAGACAGGUUUUACAUCAUCUGUUUGAAUGUAGGAAAAGCUAGAGGAGCUCUGGAAACCUUUAUAUCUCUGAUAAAUGCAGUUCUUUUCUGGUGAUAUGUUUAUUGUUUCGUGUGAUCUUUCCUAAUAUGACUGUGGUUUGCUUUGCUUUGUAUCUGAAUGCACCAUACAAACGCGUGAUUACAGGUGUUGGUACAGUUAAGUUUUGCUCAUGCUACAGGAAUGUACUUGUUAAGUGUUUAUUGAUUUCUUUGUUGAAUGAUUUUCAACAAUGAGAUUAAUCCAUAUACAUUUGAAAAAAAGUAUAGAACAUGAGAAUUAUUUCUAGAACUAUCCUGCACUUUAUUUCUUAAACCCACCUGAUGCACACUGGUAGUGAAGGACACUGGGGGGUGGAAACCCUGAUUUAUGGGGUUCUUCCCAUUUCUGACACGGUCUUAUUUUGCUAUACACUUCAAAUGAUGAGUCCUCACAAGCACAAACAUGUCAUGUUAGUGUAAUCAUUUUUAUUUUUCUCCACUUGAAUUGUUUGUUUCUUGUUGAUUAUUUUGACAUUGAAUUGAACCUCUCAAAGAUUCGUUUUUUUAUAUGUGGUCACUGUUACAAGUUUACCUGACUCAUUUGGAAGAAACCCCUUGUGUAUUUCUCUAUAUAUCAAUGUCCUAUGGGAAGUUCCUGAUUGUUUGGACGUCCAUAUGUAAGAUAUUGUCUCUACCUAGGCUGCACUUACCCCUUCCUCCCUGCUCUCACCUGCUCCAUAACAUCUACUAUACUAUACUAUGUACAAAUGGAAAACUCACGAUUUUAAGGGCAGAGCCUGAUAUCUUCAUCUUGAUAUCAUCUUGUUGUCAAACCAACCUAAAAUGUGAAAUAUAGUCAUUGACACGGGUGACAAAUUAAAGGAAAAAUUGACACCUGUAAUGUGGGGAUUAUCGGGCAUAAGGGAAGCCUCACAUGUACAACCUGUUGCUCUUAAACCCUUAAAUUCUAAGUGAAUCAGACACUGCUGUCAUUGGAUAGUCCAGACAGACGGCUUCACUGUGCAUGAAAUCAGACAGAAUUUACACAUGGAUGAAUAUAAAUGGAUUAGUGUGUUUCAGAAAUUUGCCAUCCUGCUAAUAGUAGUCUAUAUGUGAAGUGUACAUGUGUGGUGUGGUUGUUACGGUUAUAUUCAAGUAAAUUAAUGAACAAUUACAUUGAAAUGUGCAUUUGCUAUAAUUAGCACCAAAUUGUGAACAAAUUUCAGUAAGAGAUCUUCUGUAAACAGAGCCACGUCAUAAUCUGCUCAUUUACAGACGUUGUUGUUGCGUUAGACUGUUUGUACUGUGGAAGUUAUAUCAGUAUUCAACCAUGUUUUUGGGGUAUUUACAUAUAACAUAGUGAAGACACAAGGAGUUAGCUGGGGCCCCGGAGAAAACAGCAAACAUAAAAUAAGAGUGAAUAAAUCUAAACUACAGGCAAAAAGAUUAUGGAUACAAAUGCUCUUUUAUUCACUGGGUAGGCAAAAACUGUAACUCAUCAGUAAAGCUGCUUUUGUGUAUGUGUAUAUGUGACAAUCUCUACAUGCAACAAUAGAAAUACGUGUUCUGUAGUAGAAAUAGAAAAUAAAAAACAUCAGAGAAAUAGGAUGGACUGCUUCCAUCAAGCCAUAGUCCACCAGAUGAAUACAAAGUAGCUCUGAGUGAUUCAAUUCAAUUUUAUUUAUAUAGCGCCAAAUCACAACAGUCGCCUCAAGGCGCUUCAUAGAUACAGAGAAAAACCCAACAAUCAUAUG